UCCGUUCAAACAAUACUGCAGCUUAGAGGGAGUACAGCGGUUUCCUACGAAAAGUCGAUAACUAACAUCCUUCAAGGUGUGGGCAAUUUAUAAUCGAAGUCGCAGGGUACUCUCUUGGAUGGUUGUCCUGAGUAUAAUCGAGCUCGCAGCGAUGGCGCUCCUCAUUGGCCUGACGAUCGCUCGCGUGGAAAGAUUUCCAGUAGUUUCUACUCCUGCGGGCUGUCUCUUUGAUGGUCUUGCUCCACUCUCUGCAAUCUUUUGGACGCCAGCGCUGAUCCUUGAACCUAUCAUUUGCAUACUUGUCCUAAAGAAAGUUUUUCUGGACCGACAGCAACGCAGUGAACUUGCAACGUUUCUGGCUCGUGAUAGUUUAUUAUACUUUUUCGUAAUCUUCAUAGAACUAAUGGGAUCAACUAUUGUCUGGGCUCGGUAUCCCUCCUAUAUCGACCUCUUCAUGCCUUGGUCUAUUGCUUUACCAUCCUUGCUCUGCAACCGUCUUCUACUCAACAUGAGAGGGCGCUUUGCAAGGCCCGGGUCUGAGCCUGUGCACUCCUCAUUGGUGAUUGAGCUUGUAAACCUCCGAACCAGCGCGGAUUCAUCGAGAAUGCCAGACGAAGAGUAAAAGAUGGCGUGUUGUAUUUGUAUAACCCAGCAUAAAUUCAACUUGUAUGAUAUCUCUCUGUUUACGCGGGUUUUUGUUGAUGUAAAUAACACGGGUGCUGUGUGUUGUU